AGCACAUUAGUCACGUGACUAGAUUGUUUGAAUAAUGGCGUCUCACUGGAGACGAUUGUAGCAUUCGUAUGCAGCUAACUUUGCAUUAUUAUCUGAUGAACAGUACUUAAGUUCAUAGCUCAUACAACUUGAAAAGCUAUAUUACAUGUCGUGUGUGAAGAAUUCAACAUGAAGAACCAUUUAUCAGAAAAUGUUCGCCGGAUGCGUCAGAUACAAAAACAGUGCAAACAGAAAGAGAGAGAGACUCAACAACCUGUAAAAGUUUUAUGGAAAUCAGACAAAUACAGUGGAGUGCAAUCACGUAUCAAAGAAGAACUUGAGAAACCACCACUGCCACCUCGACCACACUCUGCUACAUUCCUGCGAGCCCACUCGCGCUCUGGGCCAAUAGUGAAACUUGAAUCAAGGCCAUGCACGCCAGAUUUCACUGAUAAAUUGUCUGUGCCGCCAGCAUCAUCAGCAAAUGAUGUGAAGCUGAUUCGUCAUAACUUUGACUUCAUUAAGGUAAAUGGAUGCAGUGCCAAGCACAGCAAAAUACAAAGACCACCAAGCUUGACUGCUUUAGAUGAGCUACGCAAGAAAGAUGAUGACAGAAUGGCUGAUUACGAAUUUGGGGAAGUGCCUAAAUAUUUAAAGCAUCGCAAAGAGCAAUGGAAGAGAAAUGAAGAAGAAAGAAUCGCAAACACACCAGACCCUUCAAUGCCUCCUGGUCAUCGAGCUUUGCCAGAAAAUGAACGUAGAGAAACAUUAGAUCUUCUGAAAAAGAGAGAACAAGAGCUGUUAAAAGAGCUGGCAUCUCUACCAAUAGGUGUAGACACUGCCAGGGUGCGCAACAAACGCAAGGAAAUAGAGGGAAAACUGGCAGAACUUGAAGAAGCCGUCAAAAUAUUUGCACGUCCCAAAGUGUUUGUCAGAGUAGAUCCUUAGUAAAUCACUUGAUAGAUUUCAGUUUGGAAUAUAUAAAGAGUUUAUGCUUAGUUUAGUCCUUGUUACUCCUCAAGGAGCGUAGGGCCGCAUAACCAGUUUAUGUAGAGUUGAUGAAAACAUAUCUGGUAGUCUGGGACAGACAACAGGUGAGCCAAAAAUGUUUGAUAGAGUUGUUCAAAGUUGUUUCAUACAACAACUUUUUGUUUCUCAUGUCAACAUUUGCUACAGAGGAUGCCAUAAAGACCAAUCUCAUAGCAGUAAACUGACAAUGCAGCAUGCCUCGGGGAAUCAGCUGCUCUUUUCUCAGCUGAUCUCUAUUUUCAGAAUGGCAUACAUACAUACAAAACUUUAACAAGCUAAUGUUUGAACCAUUUGUGAAUGUUGAUAGAAAGCAUGAGAUGUAAAGUUUUUCUUUGUUGGACCAGAGCUGAAGUUCUGAAUAAUCUGGGAAUUUUAAUUUGAGCUUUGCUUUUAACAUUAUUCAAGAUAAUGAUAUCCUUGGUUUACAAUGUUUUUUUCCUAAGUGAUUCUCUGUCCAUGGUUUUGAUCAAAAGUUUUGAAUCAGUGCUGACAUAUCAUUGCAUAUCUUAAUCUAAAUGAAUUUGGCUUAAUGUUUUACACUGUUCAUAGAAUGGUGUUUAGUAUUAUCAUGUAUAAAAUAAAUCCGUUUUAUUGUAAGCAUAUCAAAUA